AUGGCACACGCGACAGGCUCGACGACGGCAUCGUCCCAGAAACGCGGUGUCCCACCAGGUCCAGGUGCGCUAAAGGGUAUCGACGACACUGCAUCUACCACCCAGCCUGAGCCGCAGUACCUGUCCGGGCUCAAAUUCGUCUGCGCCUUUACCUGCAUCUGUAUCAUCCUCUUUCUUGUUGUCUUAGAUGGUAGCAUUGUCUCGACCGCCGCGCCGACCAUCACCGACGAGUUCAGGUCGCUCAAUGACCUUGGUUGGUACAGCAGCGUUUACUACAUGACGUUCUGUAUUGCCCAGCUACAGUUCGGCAAACUCAACGUCCGCUACCCCAUCCGCAUUGUCUACAGUUGCUGCAUGUUCCUAUUCCUCGUCGGUUCAGCCAUCUGUGGCGCCGCACCCAACUCACCCGCCUUGAUCAUCGGUCGUGCUAUCGCCGGUAUUGGAUCCGCUGGUCUCCUGGUCGGCUCCUUCGCCCUGAUUCCGGUUCUCACCCCGCCCCUGCGCCGGCCUCUCGUCACUGGCAUCAUCGGCGGCGUUCUGGGCUUCGGCAUGAGCGUCGGUCCCAUGAUUGGCGGCGCCUUUACUGAAAAUAUCACAUGGCGAUGGGCCUUUUACAUGAAUCUCCCUAUUGGUGGCUUCUGUUACUUUGGCUUUUUCUUCCUUGUUUACCCGCCCAAGAUUGCGCCCGCGAAGCCUUUGACGCUCGGAAGAUUCUUUCACACAUUGGAUCUGUAUGGUCUGCUGACCGUGACCCCUUGCGUUGCUUGCCUUCUCAUCGCGCUCCAGUGGGGAGGAACCACAUAUGCCUGGUCCAACGGCCGCGUUAUCGCCUUGCUCACCUUGUUCGGCAUCCUGGUCCUGGCAUUCAUUGGAGUGGAACUCUGGGUAGGCGACGACGCCAUGGUACCCAAGCGCGUGGUCAAACAGCGCAGCGUUAUCGCAUCCGUCCUAUUCGCUUUCACGAAUGGAGGCUCGUGCUAUCUUUUCGCCUACUAUAUCCCCAUCUGGUUCCAAGCUUGCAGAGACAACGAUCCAAUCCAAGCCGGAGUCAACAUGCUCCCGCUUGUGAUUGCGCAAACGAUAGCAUCCAUCUCGUGCGGCCUUGGCGUCGCAUCCACUGGCUACAUCUGGCCGUUCAUGACGGUAGCCUCGGUCUUCACUGCCAUUGGAGCAGGUCUUUUAACCACGUUCCAAGUCGACAUCUCCGAUGAUAAAUGGAUUGGGUACCAAAUUAUUUAUGGAAUAGGCAUGGGCCUGGCUGCCCAAACACCCCUUAUGGUCGCGCAGAACGUAGUUGCUCUUGAGGAUAUUGCGAUCGCGUCUAGUCUCAUCAUGAUGAUGCAGGCUAUUGGAGGGUCCGUCUUCAUCUCUCUGGUCCAAGCCGUCUUCACAAAUAGCCUUACCAAGAACCUCGUCGGAACUGGCCUAUCUGAGAAGCAGAUCUCUGACGCACUGGCAGGAGGAGUUACGAACAUCUCGGAUGGAUUGACAGGCACGCUCCGAGCCCGGGUGCUCGACGUCGUCAACGACUCUCUGACACACGCUUGGUUAGUCUCUGUGGUACUCACUUCUGUCAGUCUCCUCGGAGCUCUGGCCGUCGAGCACCGAAAAAUCAGAGGCAAGGAGGCCAAGUUGUUGAAGGGUAAUGGGGCUGCGAACGAGGAGGCAAAGGAGGGCAGGACCGAGAAGGCCGCCUUCUAG